AAAGCCUGCUCUACAACACAAGACAGAGAAAUAGAAGCACAACUUUAGCUGCAACAGGCUCCUACAAAACUAUUCUAACUGAAAGAGAAAAACAAGGAAACUAACAGGAUUUGAAGCCUUGAUCAGAUCUGAGGUGGAGCUCUGCUUGACCCUCUUGUGCAGCACAAAAGCAGCCGGCUCGUUCCGUUAGUUUCAAGUGAAAAUGCUCUGGAGAUUGACUCUUGCUGUGGCUGUGGUGUGCGUCGGGGGCAUAUGCAGCUGUGUGAAGGCUGACGUGAUGAGCAGACUGAUCCUGCCGAGGGACUACGGGGUGAAACUGUGCGGGAGAGAGUUCAUCAGAGCCGUCAUUUUCACCUGCGGCGGCUCCCGGUGGAAACGCUCCACAGAGGGGGAUGUAGAACCCUUCAUGUGGAGUUCCCUCAGUGACAUUACAGUAGAAGACACCCAGCACACGUGGCAGCCUGACGCCGCACUCACAGCAGAGAAGAACCAGCCGCUCCAUAUUGGCUCCUCUUACUCCCUGGCAGACCUCUUGGCUCUUUACGCGGCCAGAGGAGACAGGCAGCAGGCGUCACCGAGCGUCUUUGAAAAAUCUCAGCCGUCCACAGUUUUAGGUGAGCAAGAAGGGAACCCAGCUGCAGCUGACUGGCCCAUACCAAGCAAGAAGAAGAGGAACUUUUCUCUGGGUGUGGCAGGGAAGUGCUGUAACCAGGGCUGCACCAAGAAUGAUAUUGGACGCUUGUGUUGAGACUCAGAGGGUCAGAGGCUCGGUGAUGGCAGAGGUGUUGUGACACAUGUAAUGGACAGUGUGGGAAGAUGUUGGAGGUUAAAUAUGGAGGAGAGCAAGUUCACACCUGCUCUUUAAUAGGCUAUAGUGAGCCUAAUAUUUUAAUACAUAAUAUUUUCCUUCACUUGGUUGAUAUUUUGUUUAAAAACAGAUCAUGUUCUGUAUGUACUGUAUUUCACCCUUUCAGCAUCAUUGAAAAUAAAUUUUAAAUACUGUGUUAAUAUGAAAUAUUGAGCCGUCUCGUGUUGUAUUUGUCACUGGUUAUUUGCUGGAUUUGGAGCAAUAAGCAGCAUUCACAUUCUCGCCUGCAGACUAUCUGACUAAGCUAUGUUCGUACAAGCACAGGCCAAUAUCACACAUUAAUGUCAUUUAGGCUGCUGUGAACUUAUUGCUGCCCUCUGUUCACAACAUUAUGUGUGCCUGAUAAUUUUUCUGUGAACACCCUGAGGACAGAUUUCCUCUUUUCUUUUUUCUUUUAACCCUUUCUGAUGUACAUUAAACA